AAUGUCUAAUAUAAAGUUUGUUUAUUCAAAAAAGGUACAUAAAAUACCUCCAAAUGUUACAAAUUUACAGAAUGUUAUUGAGAUAAUAAAAUCAAUUUAUAAGUAACUUAAUACAGUAUAUUUAUAUGCCAUUAUAAACCCAGGUAUUUAUUUAAAUGAAUAACAUUAGAGGAGACUGAAUCUGUUGCAGAGAUAAGGAAUGAUAUAGAAUUCUAGUAAUUAAAAGCUCUUUAUAAAUCAAAUUAAUGGCCAUCAAUCAAAUUAUUAGUAACAGAAACAUAAGAUUAUAAAUCAAUUUUGAAAGAAUCUUGGGGACUUUUAAAUUAAAGUAUGGUGAUUGUAGAGAAACAAAGUCGUGAUGUUUGCACUUUAUUUCAACCAAUUCAAAUAGAUUAAUCUUAAUAAGUUGUUCCAUCAGCUGGACAUUAAGGGUAAUAUAAUAAUAUUAUUAUUAGUACUUAAGUUCAAGUAAAUUAAAAAGAUAAUGCAUAAAAUACUAAUUAAAUUGAUUUUAGACAAAAUGAAUAACUUAAAUAAUAUAUAGCUGAUAUAGUAGAUAAAAGGAUAAGAGAAUUAGGAUUAUUAAAUAAAAAUCAAAAUCAAAAUCAAAUUCAAAAUUAUAAAGUCACUUUGACUUCGAAAAUACCAGUAUUUACAGGUGUUCUUGGAAAAAAAAUGAUAGCUUAAAUGACAAUAUUAAAUAGUGGAAUAAAUUAAUGGAAAAAUGCUUUUUUAACAAAUCCAGAAUUAGGCAUUCAUUAAUAACUUAAUAAUGUUUCAUGUGGUGAAUGUUUAACUGUUACUAUAGAUAUACCAUAUAUGCCUGAACAUUUCGAAAAUUAAUUAGAAAGAAUCUAUAAAUUAUAUGUAAUAAUUAUAUAAAUAUAUUUAGGUAAUUUGUGAAAAUGAAAAACAAUAAAUAUAAAAGUUAGAAGAUCCAAUUGAAAUUACAGUAAAAGCUUCAUAAUUAAAUUAAAUUGUUGAAUAACUUUAACUUUUAUUCCCUUAAAAAAAGAAAGAAGAUUUGGUUAAAUUUGUUGAUGAAAAGGGUGUAAAUAAAACAUUUGAUGAAUUCGUAGAAAUGCUCUUAUAAGAGUAUUGAUU